GUCUAACGGUAUGUACAUCGCUGUUACCGAAUUAUUCCGAUGUCUCGGAUUCACAAAAUUACCGAGAUCAAUCUAUCACGUCAUCGCGCCAUGACCCGACCAUAAAAAGCCCAACGCAGCUGCAGCUCCACACCUGCGCCUCCACUCCAGCAGUCGUCCACACUCAGGCCAGAAACACAGCAAGCAAUGCCCAACCCCUCCUCCGCCUCGCCGUCGCCGCUCCCGCCACCGGCGCCAGCCGCCACUCGCCGCCGCCGCCGCCGCUGGCAGCUCCUCCCGCCGUCAUCCUCCACCUCCGGUGCUUCCGCGACCUCGUCUUCGUCGUCCUCCUCCUCUUCCGGCCUCUCCUUCUCCUUCCCGUCCUUCUCGCCGGCGCCCUCGCCGUUCCACCACCGCUUCCUCUCCCCGCUCCGCGCCUCCGCGGUGCCCUUCUCCUGGGAGCACCGCCCCGGCAUCCCCAAGACCCCCGCGCGCCAGACGGCCCGCGUCAACAAGGCCGCCAAGGCGCCGCCGCUGCCCCUCCCGCCCUCCAUCCUCUCCAGCAAGGUCGGCGCCGCUAAGGACCCCUUCUCCACCGCCGCCGACUACUUCAUCGUCCCCGAGAACGCGAAGGCGGCGAGGCGGCGCCGGCGCAGGCAGCAGCGGCGGCCGCGGCAGCCGGCGCUUGCCGCCACCCUGACCGACUGGCUCGCCGUGCUGAGCUUCUACCGGUCGUGCACGAGGCCCCACGACUGCCUCGCCGGAACGCAGCCGCCGCGCCCGCGCGCUCCGGCGAAGACCCGCUGAUCGGAUGAGUGAGUGAGUUUGCUCUCGCGCGCGCCGCGUGUUUAAUUCCUUGUUGCGCGCGGGCGUCGCAUGUACGUACUUGUGUGUGGGUGUGGGCGUUCGUGCCGAUUAAGAAUGUGCUUAGGAGUAGUCACACUUGGCUUGACAUUGUAAUUAAGGUGGUUUCCCCAUGUGCGUGUGCUUGUUUCCAGGCAAAAAUUGGUUAAAUAUUCCGGACGGUAAUUAGUGGGUCGAACUAAUGACUUGAUGCCGCAUGCAGCUGCUGCUGGUAGUGCUGAUGCUACGUACUUUACAUGUUGGUGAUAUUUAGUUCGUUGCAUGUGUCCCACCGUUAAUUAGGUUGCAAGCAAGCUUGGUUGAGAUACAGCGGCAGAUCCACCCGGGGUUACCUCUGGACACAUCUAGGAGCCCUCAAGCCUUCCUUUUCUAUUCAAUUUCUGGGCAUGGGCAUGCAGGAGGAAGAAGAAAAUAAAACGAGGAUGAGGAAGAAGAGGAGAGUCCUCUAGUUUUUGGCUCUGGAUCCACAGCUAUUGAGAUACAUAUAUGUGCCGUUAUGUUUGUGACAAAUUGUAUUAACCUCUUUUGUUAGCCUAUAUAUAAAAAACACUUGAAAUGCAUGGUUC